CCACAUCUUCUUCUGCAUUUCUGAGGAUUACUCUGUAGCUCUCAAGCCUCUCUCUCCCCUGUCUCUGCAUUCUGAAUCCGGUAUUAUACUUUAGAACUCUAGGAAGAACUGUCACAGAGAUUAGUUCUGCAACUCGUUUAUUUCGGAUUUUCCUUUUAAUCAAGCAUGGCGGGAGACGAGAACUCUCAGCAUAGGCAGCUCGAUCAGACGCCCACGUGGGCAGUUGCUGUUGUUUGUGCUAUUAUGAUUAUAAUCUCUUUAGUGUUGGAGAAGGUUAUUCACAAGGUUGGGGAGUGGUUUACAGAAAAACGCAAGAAGUCUAUGUUUGAAGCUCUUGAGAAGAUUAAAACUGAGCUUAUGGUUCUGGGUUUUAUUUCCUUACUGCUGUCAUUCUUGGGGAGCUACAUUCCCAGAAUAUGUAUUCCAGAGAACGUUUCGCGUGCAAUGCUGCCGUGCCCUUAUGUAGAACCUCGUCGGAAGCUAUUGUGGAAUCAGCACAGAUUGUUAAAGACCAAUUAUGGUGGACAACAUCAGUGUAACACGGGUGAGCCGCUUUUGUCUAAGGAAGGAGUACAUGAAUUGCACAUCUUCAUUUUCUUUCUAGCAAUCAUUCACGCCUUCAAUAGUGCUAUAACAAUGCUGCUUGGAAGACUAAAGAUCCGUGGAUGGAAGGCAUGGGAGCAGGAGACAAAAAGUAUUGACUAUCAAUUUUCCCAUGAUCCAUCGAGGUUCAGGCUUACUCAUGAGACAUCUUUUGUGAAAGCACACACCAGUUGUUGGACCAGAAUUCCAUUUUUCUUCUAUUUUGCAAGUUUUUUUCAGCAAUUUUUUAUGUCUGUUCGCAAGGCAGAUUAUUUGGCAUUGCGCCAUGGUUUUAUAUCUGUUCACUUAGCUCCUGGAAGUAACUUCAACUUCCAAAAAUACAUCAAAAGGUCGUUGGAAGAUGAUUUCAAGGUAGUCGUGGGAAUCAGUCCACUCUUGUGGGCUUUGGCUGUGGUCUUUUUGCUUAUUAAUUUCAUCGGAGUAAAGGCAUUGUUUGGGCUGUCCAUAAUUCCUCUAUUUAUAAUCCUAGCAGUAGGAACCAAACUUCAAGCAAUUAUAACGAGAAUGGCUCUUGAAAUCCAAGAAAGGCAUGCAGUGGUUCAAGGGAUUCCUCUAGUGCAACUCAGCGACAAACACUUCUGGUUUGGUCGGCCUCAGCUGGUUUUGUAUCUCAUCCAUUUUGUUCUCUUCCAGAAUGCAUUCCAGAUAACCUAUUUCCUUUGGAUACUGUAUGCGUUUGGGACACACUCUUGCUUUCAUAAGAAGAUCCGUCUUCCAAUCAUACAGAUUAGUCUAGGUGUUGUAGUCCAAGUCCUGUGCAGCUACAUUACACUCCCCCUGUACUCACUAGUAACUCAGAUGGGAUCAAGUAUGAAGAGGUCUAUCUUUGAUGAACAAACAACAAAGGCACUUAAAAACUGGCAUAUGGCUGCAGUGAAGAGGCAGCACGAUGAAAGAAAAGGGCGUUCCCCAGCAAGGACACUAGGCCGUAGCCAAGGUGCCUCACCUGCUCAUCAUUCCCCACCUCGGACGCUUCAUCGUUUCAGGACUACUGGGCACUCCAACACUCAGCCUUCGAAAUCUGAUAGGACAUACUACUCGGACCGCGAGAUGUCUGAUUUAGAACCUGAAGCACCACUCACAUCAUCCACACCCAGCAACCUAAUUGCUGUCCAAGUCCAACAGUCUGAACACCAUGACUUACUGACUGGACCUUGAAGAUGAGAGGUGGCGGUGAUGAUCGUUUGGUGAUUGCAGACUGACUGCAGUUUGAUUGCCGCCGGCAGGGGCCGAAGGUGGCGCCGGCGGCUAUCAUGCACCUUUUUCAAACGAAUGCAGUGAUGACUGUGAGUGUAUUUUAUUACGAGGAAUGAAGCAUUUCCAGAAUCAGAUCAGCUAGCUGAAUGCUAGUGGAAUGUUUUAUACAAUUUACGGUGUAUUUUCUUAAUGGUCGAAAAUAUAAUUCUGUCAAGAUCUCUUUUGUCUGUGUAAACAGGUCCAUUCUUCAGUUCAAGAAAUCAGAGUAUUUUUUUGAUUUA